AGCUCCUGGGUGCUGCUAAAAAAGUGAAUGUGAAUUUCCAGGACACAGACGGGUUAUCUGCCCUGCAUCAUGCUGCUCUUAAUGGUAACGUGGACCUGAUUUCACUGUUGCUCGAGUCGCAAGCUGUCGUCGACAUCAAAGACCAGAAAGGGAUGCGGCCCUUGCAUUACGCUGCUUGGCAGGGCAAGUGUGAGCCCAUGAAAAUGCUGCUUAAGGCGGGCUCAUCAGUCAACAGCCAAUCAGAUGAGGGACAGAUGCCUUUACACCUCUCAUCACAGCACGGCCAUUAUGAAGGAAGUGAGAUGCUGCUCCAACAUCAGUCGAACCCCUGCCUCAGAGACCACGCUGGGAAAACCCCUCUAGACUUGGCCUGCGAAUUUGGGCGAUUCACGGUGGUGCAGUUGCUCCUGAACAGUAACAUGUGUGCCGCUAUGUUAGAACCGAAGCCCUCUGACCCCAAUGGCAUCAGUCCGCUCCAUUUGGCUGCCAAGAAUGGACAUAUUGAGAUCAUCAAGUUACUGAUCCAGGCUGGUAUAGAUAUAAACCGUCAGACGAAAUCAGGGACAGCGUUGCAUGAGGCUGCUCUCUGUGGGAAAACCGAGGCUGUACGACUGCUGCUGGAUAGUGGUAUCAGUGCUGGAGUGAGGAAUACUUAUUGUCAGACAGCGCUGGAUAUUGUUAACCAGUUCACCACUACCCAAGCCAGCAAGGAAAUCAAACAGAUGCUGAGAGAUGCAUCAGCUGCCAUGCAAGUGAGGGCUCUGAAGGAUUACUGCAACAACUAUGACCUGACAAGCCUCAAUAUUAAAGCAGGCGACACCAUCACGGUUUUGGAGCAGCAUUCUGAUGGACUAUGGAAGGGCUGUAUCCAUGACAACCGUACAGGAAAUGACCGCGUGGGUUACUUUCCGUCCAACAUGGUGGAAGUCAUCAAAAGGGCAGGUCCCUCGACCCAACAGUAUCUUAAGAUACAGAUCCGUCCGCCAGCAAUUGGGUCAGUUGUCUUGGUGAACGGUGACUCCUCCCACAUUUUUUCUCUGCACCUCACUCCCCAACCCCCUUCUACACAGCCCCUUACCCAUCAGCCCCUCUUCACCUCAUUUGGCUAUAAUAUGCCUACCUGCAGCACAUUUGGGUAUGAACCAGCCUCCUCCUGCUCAGAGGAGCCACAAAAAGAGACAGGCUCAAGGGGAUCUGUUUCCAGCCCUCAUGGUUCUCCAACCUUCAGUGGCCAGCAGAGCGGUGCUAAUGAGGAGAUUUGGGUACUGAGAAAACCUUUAGCUGCAGGGGGCAGUGUUGGGAGUAUGGGCAGCACAGGCAGUCUCACCAGUGGACGUACAUCUACUGGCGGACAAAGCAGUAAUGCCAAUGCUCACCUCACCAACUCACCUGUGCCAGUUCCAACCACCCCCACACACUCACCCGGAGUAAACACGCAUGGCAUUAAUGUCCCAGGACUGCACGCUCAGGCCGAGGGUGUGAAGCUGUUGGCCACGGUGCUGUCCCAGUCAGCAAAAGCAAAAGAACAUCUUAUGGACCAAUCUCAGUCUUUAGAUCCUAAUUCAGCACCUUCUCAGUGCACACAGAGUGCAUCUGCUGUUCCACGUCAGCAAAAGAAGAAACCCUUUGUGGAUCCAUUGCUUCAAAGGAAAGAUGAAACUUCAGCUGAGAACAAGAGCUCAGAGGCUGUUGUUGAAUGGCUCACUAGUGCACAGCUGCAGUUCUACACAACAAACUUUCUCACUGCUGGUUAUGACCUGCAGACCAUAAGCAGAAUGACACCAGAGGACCUCACUGCUAUUGGGGUGACAAAACCAGGCCACAGGAAGAAAAUGCUUUCAGAAAUCAGCAAAUUAAACAUCCCAGAUUGGAUACCUCAAGAAAGAACUUCAAAUCUGGCUGAAUGGCUGUCUGCAGUUGGUCUCAGUCAAUACUACCAGACUCUGGUUCAGAACGGCUACGACAAUAUGGUCUUCAUUAGUGAUAUUACCCUGGAGGACCUAAAGGAGAUCGGCAUCACUAAACUAGGACACCAGAAGAAGUUGAUGUUAGCCAUCAAAUCUCCAGAAGCAUACAUUCCCACCAAGGAGAGCCAGUUAGAAGGAAGCACAGAUUCAAAACCGUCAAUAGAAACCAGCACAGAACCAGAUGUCUCCUCUGUUCAUAUACGUAAAAGAACGGAGGGGCGUAGCUCUCCCAGGCACAGCACCCAAGGGCGGGGCAUACAAAGAGCUAAUGCGCCCCCUCCUCUGAAGAAACCCAGUUCAAUUGAGAGUCCCAUCCCAACACCUCCACAAACCCCUACUAAGGGCAGAACUUCAUCUUCUGCUUCAAAUUCUCCUUCACACAUUCCUUCCUCCCUGCUAAAAACACACAGCAGGACCAGAGGGCCUUGUGACUCUCCCCGUUCACAUGCUCAUGCUCGUACAGUCCCAUUACUUUGCCUACCAUCUGAAGGAGAAACCAAAGUGGGCAAUGGUCAAACUCAGCCCCAGCCAAGACCUGGACAGUCUACUGCUACUGAUGCUGGCCGUGACUUACCCAUGCCAGACUCCUCUGUGAAAUACGCCACACUAGGUGGACAUAGGGUUACUUCCAGCAGCUCUUCAAGAGCCUCUAGUGAAACCCUUGACAUCAACAGCGUCAAUCGCAGUCAGUCAUUCGGUACAGCUCGGCCGCGCAGACGGAUUCGUCCUCCAACUCCUCCAAAACGUUCAUGCUCUUCCAUUUCCACUGGUAACCUGACUGACGAGACUGUGACUGAUGAUGCAAGGUUUAGCGAAAAUAGGGCUAACAAUUUGUUACUCAAUGUGACAUAUAGGGAGCGCAGACGUAGCGACUGUGGCAUUGCCUCAGAAAAAACUUCAUCUGGGGGCAGUGUAAGAGACAUUGCAGCCAUGCUUGAAAUGUCCAAUCUCAGAAGCAGUGGUAAAGGAAGUGGUUAUCUGCAGGCAAGCCAUAACCUCCUGCGGCAGAACCGUGAAGUUCUGGAUUCCGACGCAGAUAGUCGCCGCCGCACAAUCAGUGAAUUUUAUGAAUCUCAUAAGCAGCCUGAUGAUGAUCUACAAGAGGCAGAGAUGCGCCAAUCCAUGCAGGAUCACACACAUCUUAGACCAGCACCUUGUGAAACCCAACCAGUUAAACAGACCCCUGAACCACGUCCGCGUUCCAUGAUCACUCAUCUGGAAGGUAGAGUUUCCUCUCUGCCACAAGAGGAGUGGUCACGGAUGGAUGCCACAGCAACUUUGAGAAGACCACGACCACCACAUUACUCAGAUGUUGAACAUUUUAAUCUGACAGAAACAAGUACUAUAAAGCGAAGACCCAAAGUAUUGGCUCCACCACAGAGCAAUGGCAUUGAUGGAGAUGGGCCAGAGAACUUUCGGAGAAGGCCUGUGUCUGAGGCUUGUGUUGGAGAUGGUGGUAGGGAGGAAGAAUUGCAACAUGAUGGCCUUGGUUCUCUUCCCAGACAAAUGAAACCCCCAGUUUCACCAAAACCAGCAAUGGCCCUUGGAAAACCUGAUCCCCCAACUCCUACAAGGAGGGUUCCCUUACCUGGACCAGAAGGUCAACAUAGCCCAGUGGAGGUUAAGAAAGUCCCUCCUCCAGUAUCUCCCAAGCCAAGUCCGCCUCCUAUACUGCCCAAACCAGUGAAAAUCAAGCCAAUCCAUACCAUCGGAACUCCCGGCUCUCCUCAGACAGAUGUUCUCAGCCCAUCCAGUGCCUCCUUCAUCCCCAUUCCAACUGAGCAACUGGAGCAUACAUCACAGAUUUUGAGUCCACUCACCCCAAAACCACUGGAUGGGACCAUGCUUUCCCCACAUGCAGCAACAUCUCCAGCUCAGAGCCCACAGACACCUCAGACUCCCCAAACUCCACAAACACCAUCUACACCAGGUUCAGGCUCAGCUCCAGUGAAGCCCCCAAGGUCUUCCAUGGCUGGUCUCUCAGUUGACAUCCCAAGCCCUCUGGAAGUGGAACUGUCUGGAGUGGAUGUACAAAAGAAGCUGAGAGAAGUAGAAAAACAGAGAGAGGAAGAUGAUGUUAGAAAGCAAGAAAGAGUAGAGGAAGUUGGAAUUGCUAGAAUGGAAAGGACAGGUCUGAUCCAGGUGGAUUCAACAUUUCAAGAUGAACAAGGCCUGAUUUCAGAGAUAGGGGAGGGAGCAGGACCAGUGGUAAUGAGCGGGAGGAAGGUAGGUGUAGCCAGACAGACACAAGUAGAGGGUGAACCACAAGAUGGAGAUAGAAGACAGACAGAGGUGGAAAGCCAAGGGUUAUUGAAGGUUGCUGAAACUGAGGGAUCUGCUUCAGGGGACAUGGUACAACUCAGACUGGAGGAGACCAGUGCAUCCCUGGCUGCUGCUCUAGAAGUGGUGGAGGAGAAGAUUAAGAAAGAUGACAGCACCAUUGUGGACAACAAGAGCACAGUCAACAUUCUUGAUGAUAUUGGCAGCAUGUUUGAUGAUCUUGCGGACCAGUUGGAGGCCAUGCUAGAUUAAAAACAAAGAGGUAUAUGAGAUGACCAAUGAGGUAUCCAUUAGGAGUGUGAAACAUGAGCUUUUUUAAGUCAAUAAGGCAAAAUAGGGUGAAACUCCAUUCCAACAUGUUUAAAAGUCAUACUACAAUUGAGCAUCUCUGAGAAAAAGCCUAAGAUAUAACUAUUGACAAACAUCAAGCCCCUUUCAUUCUUCACCAGCCUUUCCUCUAGUGGCCAGAGUAGAUACUGCAAGUACAUAUUCUGGCCUGCAAAUGUGACCUGCUGUCAUGCUGCUUCCAGAGAUAAGCACAAUUUUAAGAAAGACUAUGUGACAGGAUUUCUAAAUAUAAUUUAAGCAGAGAAAUGCUAAUGUUUAUGAGUAUGUGUAUAUAUGUGUGUACUAUGUGGGUUGAGGGUUGAAUAUCAAUGAAUAUUUAUUUUGAUGGCAGUGCCAAGAGCAGUAAAGGUACAUCAUAUUCUCUUUUAUGAUGUUAGGAAGCUGUAUUGUUCUGUUCUGUAUUGAUCUCUGCUAUGAGCUUGUCCACAUGUAAAGGGGAACUUUAAAUUUCACUUUGUGGUCUUCAGCUGUACAAGUUACUGAAAAACACUUGGUUUGGACUAAAUAAAUAUGAAGAGCACAGUCCCAUUUAUGACCUUGAAACUGAUUUUUUUUUUUUUUGUCUUUGGUCUUUGAAGUAUAAUGAAGAAAUGCUUUAAAAAAGUUAUAUUGUACCUUAAAGACUUAAAAGUGGUAUAUUGUAAUCUUUAUGUAUGUUAUUAUUGUUGUUGCUGCUGCUGUUGUUAUUGUUGUCAAUGUGUGUGAAUGUUUGACUGUGCAAUGUAGUUCUUGCAUUGACAAAUCCCACCCUGCCCAAAUAGACAGAAUACAUAAUAAGAUGCUGGAAAGAAUAGUGUAUAUAUGACAUAUAGAUUAUAGUUAUCAUUGAUAGUCUAGAGUAUGGAAUGUGUCAAUAUGGAAUGCUACAGCCACCUGCUCAUUCCUAAUGUGCUCUAAUAUGUGUUUAUGUGUGUGAUUGUUUGUGUGUUAGGAGGGAAGAUCUGUUUGAGAGUGAGGCUAUUAGGAAGUGUGUGUUUAUAGUUUCGGGAAAGAGAGUAUGUUUGUCUUCACUUGAAUUUUUUUUACCAUGUUUUUGAACAUGGUGCCAUGGGAUUUUUGAAGUAUCUUGGAUGACCAUGCAAUUUCUAUAGUACAGGAUUAUGGAAAUCAUAAAAUAGCAUGGUAUAGAACCAAGUAUUGUUGUAUUACCAUUUGAUACCAUAGUACAACCACAGUAGUUUUUUGUAAGGGCUGAGUGUGUGUGUUGAUCUCUUGAACAGUGCAAUUAUUCCUGUUUUGUCAUGCAAACUAAAAAAGACUUGCUGACAAGAGAAGAUGCAUAUUCUAUACAAGUGGCUAAAAUUAGAUAAUAUACGACUAUGUCAUCACAAGAUAUAUAAGAAUACAGAGCAAUAUUUUUAUCCAUGCACCAUGUAAUUAAUUUAGCUUUAUAAGUGACACUUAAAAACCAGCCAUCUAGGAUACAACAUCCGACAAUCAUGACAAUGUCAUCCUUGAUUAUCACCCUGCAAAGUCAGUGGAAUAGAUGUUGGAGGAUGAAAUCUUUUGCAGUGUAAAACUGUGUAAUAAUCAGUUGUUAUUUUGUGUAAACCUUCAGAUGGCUAAUGUGUUUUUCUGACCCUGGAGAAAAAAUCAUCAAAAGACCUCUUCCAUGUAAAAUGCAUUGAAAAUAUGUGGAAAUCAUAUAAAUAAAUUGUUAUGAUUAUAAGCACAGUGGCAUCUGAGAGUUUGGUCAAGCAUUUUAAGGAAUGUUAUUAAACUUUUUAUGCUUCUAUUUGCAGUAGUUCAUAAUAUACAUAAGCAAAGCAAAAUUAAUUUGUCUUAUGCAAAUGAUAUACAAAUUUUCUCAAAAAACAAAACAAAAAACAAAACAAAAACAAACAAACAAAAAAUUCACCUUUAGACUUUGUCCUCUCCCAGUACCAGAAAAAGUGUCUGCAAUGUGCAAUUUCUGCACCACUGCUAAAUGGAAUUUUCCUGUUUUCCAAACAAUCCCCCAUUUUCCAUUGGCUGGCCAAAAAGAAAGCCCUACCCCAAACUCAUGCCAAUGUUGCUCGUCAGGUUUUUUUGUAGGUUUUUUUGCACAAAAUAAUGCGAACUUUUCUUUACAGUAUAAUAACCUAGAUAUUUUAUCAUGUAUUUGAUUAAAAUGGCAGAGGCCUCAGGGAGGGUCCCACCAAUAGCUCUGGGCUGCCUGUACUUGAUCAAACUUUUCUGGCUGCAGUGCUUUUGACACCAAUCCACAUGACUCGUGAAUCUGCUCCAUAUUGAAUGGACUCCAUGUUAGCUCAUAUCUGCAAUUCAGUACUCCAGUCACGUCACGUUUGUUGAUACUGUCGAAGACUUUUAUUGAUCAAAAUAUGAAUUAAUCAAGUAUAAUAAAGGGUAAUCUAGCCAUUUAUAUACCCAGUUAUUAUUCCAUUAUAAUAAUAUAGGCCUGUGGGUGUAAAAAGCCUGCAUAGCAGAAAAUGUACAGACCCUCAGAAACAUACAAGUGGGCCUUGUUCUUUACGAUAAAAAGACUUGGGGGCCCCUUCUCUCUAAGGAGGAAUCUAAUUGUAUGCAUAAGGAAAACUUUAAGAACUGUAUAGAACAAGCCUUACCCUGUAUAAACAGAAAAACUAUAUAAAAGUAGAAGCCGAAUAACAAUCGAGAGAUCUUCUCUGCAGAGAACUCUCGGCUUUAUUCUCUUUGAAAUAAAGUGUCUCCUCUGGAAACAAAACCCCAAGACUGAGUGUGAUUCUUCAGAUCAGUGGCAGACAUUACAAUACUAUACAGAUUGCUUGUACAAUAUUUUAAUAUUCCUUAAUUAUCUGAAUAGAUUUGGAGUCUUAAGAGAGAAGAAUUUUUUCACAAGGUAUUAAUUAUUAAGACGAGUUGCUAAUAUUUUUUUUAUGUUAAUGCUUAUUUGUUCCAGGCAGGUUAUUUAAAAGAUAAACCCACAUUUCUAUAGCUUUCAACAAAUGUCCUUUGGUGCCUUUUA